AUUGCAUUUCCUUUUUUCUUAGGGAAAAAACAUAUUUUUAAUUUGAUGAGGCCUACAUGGAAAGCUAUAAACUCUAAUUUAUCAGAUGCACUCCCUAUUUCAUGGAGAAAUAUGGUUAAGGAAUGGCUCAGAGAAGAUAUACCGAGCAUGGAUUAUGGAGGCUUUGUUGUAGGAGAAAAACAAGAGUCGGCUAUUCUUUUUGGAAAAAGCCGGGGUAUUUUGGCAGGGGUUCCUUUUUUUAAUGAAGUUUUUGAGCAAUUGGAAUGCAGAGUUGAAUGGUUUUUGGAGGAAGGAGAAGAUAUUCACCCGAUUACAAAAGUCGCUGUUGUCUAUGGUACAGCGAAAAACCUGUUGCUUGGGGAACGAGUUGCUCUAAAUAUCCUUUCACGUUGCUCUGGAAUUGCAACUAAAUCUAAAAGAAUGGGUGAAAAAUUGAAACAACUGGGGUAUCAUGGUAUUCUUGCAGGUACACGAAAAACAACACCGGGAUUUCGACUUGUCGAAAAAUAUGGAAUGAUGAUAGGAGGAGCAGAUCCACAUAGAUUUGACUUAAGCAGCAUGAUUAUGCUUAAAGAUAACCAUAUUUGGUCUAAGGGAUCUAUUACAAAAGCGGUCGAAGCAGCUCGUUUGAUUGGAGGAUUUUCAUUGAAAAUUGAAGUAGAAGUGCAUUCUGAAGAAGAAGCAGAUGAAGCCAUUUUAUCAGGAGCAGAUAUUAUUAUGCUAGAUAAUUUUCAUAAUAACGAUAUGAAAAUAGUUGCUCAAAAUCUAAAAAAAAAAUGGAAAAAUAAAGCAAAUUUUCUUCUUGAAUGUAGUGGAGGAAUAACAGAAGAAAAUAUACAUGAAUUUAUCUGUAAUGACCUUGAUAUAUUAAGUACUAGUUCUAUUCAUCAAAGUACUAAACAUGUUGAGUUUUCUUUAAAAAUUGACAAGAAAUAACAUAUCUAUUUAUUACUAUUAUUUAUUCACUAAAAUCAUAUCAAUA